AUGCCCGCUAAUCAGCAUCUCAUUUCCGUUGCCCCAGAAGGCUCUGGUUCCUGGCUUCCUCAGGAGCAGGGUUUCGAUACCUUGUUGGUUCACGCUGGUACCCAGCCUGAUCCUGUUACUGGUGCGAUCCUAACACCUAUUUAUCAGACUACCACGUUUGUGCAAGAGUCUAUUGAAAAAUACUGCACCCGUGGUUACAGUUACACUCGUACGAGCAACCCCACCCUCAAGGUGCUGGAGGAGCGCCUUUGCGCGUUGGAAAAUGCGAACUUCUGCACGCUCUAUGCCACUGGUAUGGCAGCGACCACUACUGCUAUUUCAUCUUUCAUGAACUCGGGUGAUCACUGCAUCGUAACGAACUGCAGCUACGGUGGCACCAACCGCUGCUGCCGUCUCUUUUUCACCCGCCUUGGGAUGGAGUUCACCUUUGUUGACAUGAGAGACGUCAAGAACGUCGAGGCCGCGAUCCGCCCGAACACGAAGCUUGUGAUCAGCGAGACCCCUGCGAACCCGACGCUCACGCUGAUCGACAUCGCCGAGCUGUCGAAGCUGUGCAAGGCGCGAAACCUCAUCCACAUGUGCGACAGCACCUUCGCGACACCGCUUAUCAUGCGCCCGCUUGAUCUUGGCGCGGAUGUCGUCUUUAUGAGCACGACCAAGUUCGUGGACGGGCACGACAUGACCCUCGGGGGCGCCCUCCUGACCCGGCAAAAGGAGCUUGACGACAAGAUGCGUCUUUCGCAGAACAUCUUGGGUAACGCGAUGUCCCCGAACGUCGCGUUCUUGCAGCUCCAGACCCUCAAAACCCUCGCACUACGGGUGACACGGCAGAGCGAGAACGCGCAACGCGUCGCGGAGUUCCUCUGCACCCACCCGGCGGUGGAGCGGGUGAUGUACCCGGGGCUCCCGAACUUCCCGCAGCGGGAGUUGGCCAUGCGUCAGCACCUCGGCGGCCUCCACGGCGGGAUGCUCUGGUUUGAGGUGAAGGGUGGCAGCGAGGCGGGGCGACGGCUGAUGAACACCGUCCCACGGCCUUGGUCUCUCUGCGAGAAUCUUGGCGCGACGGAGAGCAUCAUCACCUGCCCGUCAGUGAUGACGCACGCGAAUAUGACGUCGGAGGACCGUCUUAAGGUUGGUAUCACCGACGGUUUCGUGCGCGUCAGCUGUGGUAUCGAAGAUGUUAACGACCUUAUCUCCGCCCUCAAGUCGGCAUUGGAUGCCCUCUGA